CGACACACCGGUGCACCGCUGUCGCACCGGGACGAAAUCCAAUCGUUUCACUGGUACAUUCUUUUCUUUCAUUACAGCUUCGCGUGUAACCAAAAUCAAUGAAACUUCUCUUUCAAGGAAUAAGUGGCGCUAUAUAAGCAUAAGAAGGAUUUCUACUUUUAGAAUGUUGAUAAUUGAAUGACAUAGGUAGAACAUCGCUAGGGGAGAUUUCUCUAGCAUUGACAGAGAAGUUAGUCAGUUUAAUAAUACGAUAGUUGGAAAAGUUUGAAGAGCCAACCGGUCGGGAGCUGUCUGCGGAACGCCCAUAACUUUCGGAGCGGAAACCACUUGCUUUGCAAAGCCGGUGCAGAUCGAGGAGCAAAACAUGUAACAGUUAAAACGGAAUUAUCAGUUCGUUCAGCGAUCGCGACUUGGAAUUUAUAUUUGAGAGCCUAAACAGAAGGAAAACAGACCGGAGCUUUGUCUUUGCAGACUGUCAGUCUCUGUGCCGAGCGAGGUUUUGUUUUGAAGAAGGAAGAAAAAAGAAAAGAUGUCAUCCAAUAUUUUGGGGAUCUACCUUUUGUUGGCAUCAGUUAGCAUGUUAUGCAUCUGCAUAGAUGGUUUUUGCUCUGAUAACACGGAUUGCAGAAAUGGAGGCGUUUGUUCAUCUAUGAAUGUAUGCGAGUGCACCCCCACCUGGACUGGGCCUACAUGUGAAUCUCCCAACCCGUGUGGAAGCAGUCCUUGUCUGCAUGGGGGUACUUGUGAGUCCAAUGGUAGGAAUUAUACAUGCCUGUGUCGAACCCCUCAUAGAGGACCCAACUGUGAAUAUCUAGCUGCGUAUUCCUCUUGUGAUCAAGCUCCAUGUGUGGCGGGGGAGUGCAUAGACCUAAAUGGCAAUGUGUCUUGUGAAUGUACACCAUUUACCACGGGAGCUUUCUGUGAACGAACCCCAAACUGCACUAACAGAGACCCAUGCCGACAUGGCGGUGUGUGUGUGGAUGGGCAGACUGCUGAUGAUCCCGCAUCAUGUAACUGUAAUAACGACUGGGAAGGAGAGGUUUGUGAAGUUCCAUUGAGAUGUAAUACAAACACUUGUCGUAACGGUGGCACUUGUAGCCCUCCAGUAUCAUCAGGUGAUCCUGCAACUUGUGAGUGUACAGUCGGUUGGGGAGGAUGGACUUGUGAAGACCCUAUGGAGACUUGUUCCACGUUUGGUUGCGAUAAUGGAGGGACGUGUAAUGGAGGAGUGUGUGAAUGCACUGAAUCGUACACAGGAGAUUUCUGUGAAACUGUUUUCUGCGGAACAGAUAUCUGUUAUAACGGCGGGACAUGCACAGACGAUGGAUCGUUCUUUUAUUGUGUUUGUGGCGUAGAUUUCACUGGAGCAUUUUGUGAGGAUGCCAUUUGUGGAACAACGAUAUGUUACAACGGCGGGGUAUGUUUGGAAUCUUUUCUCAUCUGUGAUUGUCCUGUGGGCUUCACUGGAACAUCUUGUGAGACUGAGCUCUGUAACUCAAGUUUAGUUUGUGAAAAUGGUGGAACUUGUUUAGACUUCAAUAGCUGCAUAUGUCCUCAAAAUUUUACAGGGGACUUUUGUGAAACUGAAUUGUGCUUCGGGUAUACAUGCGUCCCUGAACUAACAUGUAUUCCUAACAGUUGGAUAUGUGAUAGUAUUGCUGAUUGCGUUGAUGAAAGUGAUGAAUUAGGUUGUGACCUCUGUAACUCAAGUUUUGUGUGUGAAAAUGGUGGAACUUGUUUCAACUUCAAUAGCUGCAUAUGUCCUCAAUAUUUUACAGGGGACUUUUGUGAAACUGGAUUGUGCCCCGGGUAUACAUGCCAAACACAUAACCCUGAACUAACAUGUAUUCCUGACAGUUGGAUAUGUGAUAAUGAGCUUGAUUGCGUUGAUGGUAGUGAUGAAUUAGGUUGCGUUAGCCCAUGCACAUCUGAUGUCUGUCUCAAUGGAGGGACCUGCGUGGAGAUUCCUUCUUCUUCAACCCUAGCUCCUACUGCUGCUACGAGUUCGUAUUACUGUGAAUGCCCUAGUGGCUUUGGUGGUGCGGAAUGUGAAAGGAGAACACCAUGCACUCCUAAUCCUUGCCUCAAUGGUGGUAUGUGUACUGUCAACAACAAUGGAAUGCCGUUAUGUAACUGUCAAAAUGGAUUUCAAGGAGACUUCUGUAAUACUAGUCCUCCACCAUCAAGCGGUCUCUCGCAGCAAACCAUCAGUAUCAUCGCCGGGGCAGCCACAGCAGGGGUGGUCGUUAUCGUCCUCAUCAUCGUUAUCGCUUGCUGCUGUUGCCGUAGAAACGGAACGGACGAUACUGAUAGGCUCACUGGUCUUGAAAUGGGGCCCGGAAAUCAGCGAAGGCGGAGAUCCCAUGAUUACAUCCCAUCCCCUGGCAAGUCCCUCAUGCCUGCAAUUCCCAAUCUAAGGAUCUCAAAGAUGCGGGACGAGACCAAGAUGGAGUUCCCUCGCAAUCGAUUGACGCUCCUGAACAAGCUCGGAAGCGGAUCGUUCGCUGACGUCUACAAAGCUGAAGCCAUGGGUAUCUCGCCAAAGGAGGAGAUAACUAUAGUGGCUGUGAAGCGAUUAAAAGAUACUGCCACAGAGAAUGAUAAGAGUGAUUUAUCUAAGGAGAUAAGUCUCUUUAUGUACCUGGAUCCUCAUCCUAAUAUUGUCAAUAUUCUUGGAUGCUGCACUGAUGAGGAUCCCUGGUAUAUCCUGAUGGAAUACCUAUCUAAUGGUAAUCUACAGGGUUACCUGAGACAGGUAAGGACAGGGGAUUCCAUGGCUGAAGAAUAUCGGUAUCUCAAGAAACAGAAAGAUAUUCCACCCAAUGAUCUUCUUAAUUUUGGUGUCCAAAUUGCAAGAGGAAUGGAGUACCUCGCAUCUAGACAAUGCAUCCAUCGUGAUCUAGCUGCUAGGAACAUCCUCCUGGGAGAAGGGUGGGUCUGUAAGGUAUCUGAUUUUGGUCUUGCAAGAGACUUGGAGGAUGGACAGACUUAUGAGAUGAAAUCACAGGGUCGUGUUCCUGUACGCUGGAUGUCUCCUGAGUCCUUGCUUCAUAAUUCAUACACCUCUCAGAGUGACGUUUGGUCAUUCGCUAUUCUUAUAUGGGAGAUUGUCACAUUAGGAUCUCACCCAUACCCUGGUAUGACAUCAAAGCAGGUCGUCAAGGAGAUCUCCGCUGGUUACAGGUUACCUAGACCUGAACAUUGUAGUCAAGAUAUAUAUGAUUUAAUGAAGGAAUGUUGGGCUUAUGAUCCAGAUGAGAGACCAACCUUCAGCAAGGUUAAAGCCAGAUUAGAGAAUAUGUUAGCCGAUGCCCAGGGUUAUCUGGUGAUGACAGAUUUCAAUGGUGAUGACUACAUAUAUCUUGAACCAGACCAACACACUGGAGAACACGACAAUGAGGUAUUCACUCACCUGUAAUAAAUACAAACACCCCUCCAGCUGAAAUAGGAUAAUCAAGAUGUCUGUGGAGUGAUGAUCAUAUGGAACAUCCCAAAGUAGUAAAUUGGGGUGCUCAAUUUUUUUUUCAAGAUAAUGAAAUACGAUUUUGAUAUGCUGAAUUAUAUUUUUUCUGUUUUUUAGUAUUCAUGUUAUGUGUAUCUGUAGAAGUUUGCAAGUAAAUUAUUUAUACAUAUAGCAAUUUUAUAAUGUUUUAAUUUGCUGUAUGUGAUGUUUUUUGUAAUGAUACAGAUCAUUACUGGCAAAUGCAAGUAAGGCUUAUCAUUUUUUGCAAUGUUUUAACAAAUAUUUCUUUUCAGUCAGUUAGCCUGUUUUUCCGAAUCUAACACAACACAUAGCCCGAAAAUAUAGCAGUAGGAAUAAUUUACUUCAAAGCUAUGCAUGCAUGUUACAUUUUUUAAUGAAAUACUUCACAAUUUGAUACAUUUUUGUCAAUUCUUUUUAGUAGAAGACUUUAUAUUUUUAUACAUUUCUGAAUAUACUUGCAUAUUAUGAGCAGUGCUUUUGUAACAUAGAGAUUUAUUUAUACCUAUUACAUCUUAAUCGUUAUCCAAAAAUAUUAUAUGGUGAUAUGAUACAAUAAUGAUAAUGGCUGGAUUUAUACAGCGCUUUUUGCCUGAGGAUACAAAGCGCUGCAGAUUUCCUGACGUUUAGCUCGAGAUACCAUCACCGGUGCUCAGUGUAUUCAAGAAAUUGGUUCUGCUGCAUACCCAUUCACCUCACCUGGAUAGAGUGUAGCAGUGUGGAUAAAUAUCUUGCUGAAGGAAAAUAUGGCAUGGCUUGGAUUCGAAGCCACGAUCCUCCAUUUGAAAGGCGAGAGUCAGAACCACUAGACCACAAUCCGCCCACAAUAGAGCCAUAUCAUGUAAUGAAGAUGUCACUUAAGUUUUGAGAUUCACCUUACUGGAGCCGAUACACCACUUUCACUUUGAACAGCGCUAUCCCAAGACCUAAACUAUACUCUUGUAGACCCCGAAUUAUUGCCCAGGAUGCAUUUUUUUAAUUAUUGUGUUCAAACUUAUGCCUAAUGAAUGAAAAUUAAUUUUCUGAUUCAACAACACCAAAUUCAAAACCAUCCGAUGAUCUCUGCGCCUUUUGUAUUUCUGAUGGACAGUGUGGUACAUGUACCCAUUCUCAUCUUUACUUGUAGGCACCAAUUGGUAGGCGCACAUUGCCUCCAAAUACUACUAUGAUCAACUCAGGCCCUUUGCCUUUAACUCUAGUUAACUCAAAUCAUAUUUGAAAUGUGUGUCAGAUGAUAAUCACUUGUCUUAAUUUUUGUAUUUUUUUUUUGCUGCUAUGACCAACUCCAUGUGAUUGUGGUAAAUGAUAUUGAAUGUAAACUGUACACUUAUUUAAUGUGUGGUACAUAGUACUGGUAAUAUAUAUUUGAGAUUUUUAUAGGGUGACAUUGGAUGUGUAUACUGCAUCAUGUAUUUGAAUAUUCUACAAAGUUGAAAUAGUUUGUUAUGCCAGUCAACUCAAUUGAUUGUUUGAGUAAUAUGAUUUGUGUCAGAUUUAGCACUCUGUCAAUCAAAAUACCCCUUACUUAGUCUAUAUAACUCAAUUGUUGUUUAGAUGGGUUGUAUGAUAAUGGAUGUUUUAUUUAUUAGUUCACAUACUCAGAUUAAAGUCUUUAACCUCAGUUUUACAAAUAUACUAUCAAACACUGAUAGUAUUAUCUCAAUAUUCUGGCAUGCAUGGCUCAGUGGUAGAGCUUCCACCUCACGAACAGGAGGUUGUGGGUUCGAUCUUCAGUUGAGUCAUACCAAAGACUUAUAAAAAUGGGAUCUUCUUCCUUCUUGCUAGGCGCUCUGCAUUUAGAUUUGAGAAGGGUAAUAAUAAUAUUAUUAUGUUAUGCAGGGCCAGCUGGAAGAGCAGUUUCCUAACCAAAGUGGUUUCCUUGUUAAAUAAAACAUACUUUAUUAUGGUUUAUUUUCAACUUGUCUAAUGCCAUUUCAUCCAAUUGCCAACUUGUCUACUAUCAUUUGGUUUACCAUCAGUUCGUCCACUCACCACAUGGUCUACUUUCAUUUAGUCUAAUGCCAUUCCAUCUAAUAACCAGUUGGUCCAAUAGCCAUUUAGUCCAUAUACCAUUUGGUCUAAUUGGACUAAGUGUUAAAGUGUGCAAAAUUAAUGAAUAUAAAAUGGAGAUUAGACCAACUGGUUAUGAGACGGAAUGGUGAUUAGACGAAGUAAUGAUUGGACCAAAUGGUUAAUGGACCAAAUGGUUGUUAGACGAAAUGUUGAUGGACAGAAUGGCAUUAGACUAAAUGAAAGUAGACCAAGUGGUGAGUGGACGAGUAGGCAGUAGACGAAUUGGCAAUUUACCUUUAUCAUUAUGUUGUUUUUAGAGUAUAUGCCCUUUUGCCUACACACACUUUCUGUUUUAUUCUCUUAUCUUUAAUAUUGCUGAAAAUAUAUUAUACAUUUUUUAAGGUGACAGUGUUGUUUUUUAUUUUGUGCUAAUCUUGUGCGUCCUAACGGGAACAUUUCAUGAAACAUAUCAGCCUUUUUUACUGACUAUUGUUAUAAGCUACCAAAAUCCUUGCUUCUGAUUGGUCCAGAGCAUAUUAGUCAGUAAAAAUCACUGAAUGCUUCUUUUAUGAAACCUACCACAAUAUUAUUUGUGAGGAUGUGAUAUCUAUAUAUAUAUAUAUAUAUGUGUGUGAACCAAUAAUUGUAUAUAUAUUUUUCAUCGCCAUGUCUUUCAUAAGAUACACUUCACCUUUCAAACAAAAAAUUACUACAAAAAGCAGAUAAAGUAAUAUCAUAGGUGAAGCACUGAAAAUUUCAUCAAAAUAGAACAAGAUUUAACAAAGUUUUGUCACUUAACUCGUUGCUCGCUGAAUUAAUUUUUAAUUUUUGGGUAUAAUAAUGACAAUCGUUUCCAUGUUAUUCUCUUUAAUUCAAGAUUUCCACAUUGCACCAUUGAUGCUUAUAAUUAUAGUGUAGAUGUUAUCCAAGAACUAUUGCCUUUUAUUGGCUUUUCUAAUUUGAAGGUAGGGGAGAAAACUAAUUAUUAUGAUUGUUGAAUUUAAUCGUACGAAUGUGCAAAAUGGCAACAUUAGCGUGCAAAGGGUUAAAAGUUAUUCUUGUGAAAAAAGUGUCUGUGCAUCUGUUCAUGAAUAUGCAAUGAGCAAGCUGAUGACAUCAUAACACCACUUAUUCUUUUGUAUUUUAUGAUAUAAAGUUCGUAUUUAAUCAAAUGUUAUCUUCCAAGAAUGAAAGAAUGGAUUGACUCAUGACUUAAUGUGUAAAAUAAUCAUUGCUGCAACCUAUCUUGUUACUUGAGAAUGAUAUAAUACUCACGUAUGAAAAUUAAAUGAAAUAAUUAUGAUUUCAUGAUAACGUGAAUAACAGAAAAAGGAGAGUGGGGAAAUGACAUCGUCAGCCAGCCUAUUAUCAUGACUGCAUGCAUGUAAUUGUUUUUACAAAAUAUUGCUCAACUUUAAAUUCAAUAAGCUUUUUAUUUGUUUAUAACAUUUUGAUGAAAUUUUCAGUGUCUCACUCAGUGAAUUUUCCUCUAUUUACUAUAUUUAGAUGAGUUAUUUUUAGCCCUGAGUACCCCUUCAAAGAGUAAUGCUAAGUCUCAUCGUUUAACACCUUGGGAGUGUUUCAUGAAUGGUUUUGUCAGUGAAAGGUGUUAUAAGCUACUGAAAUCCUUGCAUCUGAUUGGUUGAGAGCAAAUUGGUCAAUGAAAAUCACUGAUAACUCUCAAUGAAAUGCUCCCCUGAUUUGAUCCUAUAACAAAUGUAUUCUACAUAUUAUGUUUGAGCAUGUAUUAUAUCAAAUAUGAACUCAGAGUGUAUAAGUUUUUAUAUGGGUAUAAAUAUAUACAAGAAAUAUAUAUAUAUACAUAUAGUAUAUGAAAUCAUGAUGUCAAUUCAGAAAUCAUUUAUCUAUAUAGUGCAAUGAUGUACUUCUUACCUGUAUAAAGAACAGUACUUGUUGUUUGUUAUGAUAUGGGCCAAAUUAUAUGUAGGGGCUAGCUUAGUUUAUGGGUAUUUGUCUUAAACAAAAAAAAGAAAUUCAGAAAGUUUGAAAUGGUAGCUUCAAAACACCUGGAAAUAGCUAAAAAUAUAACUUAUUUAAUUCACAUUUAUGUCACAGUUAGAAAUAAGUGGAAGAGUUAAAGGAAGGGUAUUAUAUUUGUAUAGAUAGCCACCUGUUACCUAUGCACCUAAGCAGAUUGUCUAAUUCUUGCGUGUAUUCAUGAAAACUUUUGGGGUAAUCGAAGUCUGGGUCUGGUUUCAUAAGGACUUGUUGAAAAGAUAAAUGCUUAAUUUAUAUGACAAAUUCAAUUAUCGGACAAUCAGAUUGAAUGAUUUCUGUAAUUUUUUAUUGUAAGAAAUUUUACAAUAACGGGUCCGUUUUGUGAAACAGACCUCUGUAUUUUGCUGACUAAGAUUCUUAUACAACCACACCACUAAACUAACUAGAUGAAGGACAGAUUUUUUAAAUGUUUGAUUGUUUUUCUAUUCAUCUCUGUAAUAUGCAAAAUUUGUAAUAUGUAAUAUUAUACUCAAGAUCGCAAAGACAAAUCAUUUAGUUUAUGUUUUAUAUAAAGCAAUUCAUUACUUUUUUUGUAAAAAAAACCAAAUACUGUUCUUUAGUGAUGUGAACAAUACAUGUCACUAAACAAUUUUGAAUAUCAACAUUUGUUUUGAAUAGUGACUUACAUAAUGUACCUUUUUGAAUAUGCAAAACACAUGCAAUCAUUUGCUAUUAGAUUUCCUGCUUAUGUGUGGGUUUUCUUUAACCUGGUUUUACCUUCCUUAUGACGUUUCUGCCGUUAUGUUGGAAAUGAAAUUUUGUUUCUUGCAUUAUAUCCUAUUCUUUGAAAAUAUGUUAUUCCCAAAUUCCCCCACAUUUCUGUUCCCAUGUUGCAGAAAACUUAAACCAUACCAGAGAGAUAAUAGCUAAUUGGACUUCUGUUUCAUAGAAGUAACCAUGGAAGAUUUACUAUAUUUGGAUAUAAAAAUGUCAAAUUCAACAUAAUUGUAUAAUAUACACUGUCCUGUAUGUUUAUACAAUUAAAAUAAAAAGCUGAAUUGUGAUAUUGCUAAGAAAUUUGGGUAAUUGACAGUACUGUACAUUGUGCAUGGAAAGUGAUCGAAAUUGAAGGUAAAUAGAAAUGAUUUAUAUUAGGUAUGUUUAAAUAGUUUGUCCUUUGUUGUUGUAGGGUGGAUGUUAUUUGAAUAACAGCAAGAGGUUUUGGUCUUUGGAAAUGUCCAAUUAAAAACAGUACUCUGUAUAAAUCAUGUAUAUCUUCUGAUGCAUUAAAACCACAGAGGCCUUAUGAGUGAUUAUAUAACAAACUGAGAAAUCUUAUAAAGAACCAAUGCAUGCCAAUUUUUGGCUUUAGAAAAAUAAAGAAGUUUGUUAUGUUUUUAGCUGCAUGGGUCAACUUGCGUAAAACCGUAUUUUCCUACACUAUACAUUGUUAAAUAUCAAAUAAUGAAACUGCACUUACAAAUCAUGUGCUUGUAAAAAUAUCUUUUAGUUCUGAACAGGGUAAUUUUUUUUCCUAAAUUGUGUGAUUCAUUUGGUAAAAGGUUGUGCUCAUGAAAUCUCAUAUCACAUCAUACGUUUGAAAGGUUUGUUAUCUGGCAUCCUGUAUAAUAUUUUUCUCAAAAUGCAAAUUGUACCACUGGAAAAAAGAAUAGUUACAUUGAGUCAAUUAGAUAACUCUAAAGUUACUGAAUAUUUGUGCUCUUCUCAUUUUUAAAUGUACAGUGUCAUAUUUAUUCAAACAUGUAGAUUAAAAGAUUUCCAUAAUUAAAAACAUUUUUUUUUAAAUUCUAUCAAAUGGUAUCGUCUUCACUAAUUGUUUUUAUACACGAUUUGUAACUAUUAAAGGACAAGUCCACUCCAACUUAAAGUUGAUUUGAAUAAAAAGAGAAAAAUCCAGCAAGCAUAGCACUGAAAAUUUCAUCAAAAUCGGAUGUAAAAUAAGAAAGUUAUGACAUUUUGAAGUUUCGCUUAAUUUCACAAAACAGUUAUAUGCACGUCACGCUCGAUAUGCAAAUGAGGGAACUAAUGACAUCACUCACUCACUAUUUCUUUUGUAUUUCCUUAUAUGAAAUAUUCUAAUUUUCUCCUCAUUGACCUGUGAAACAAAGUUUUAUUUCUCCCUGAACAUGUGGAAUUACCAUUGUUUAACAUUUUAUGGUUCAGUCAAGUUGGUUCUUAUUUUCAAAUCCUUAAAAAUUGAAAUAUUGUCUAAUUCAAACAAUACAAAACAAAAAAAAUAGUGAGUGAAGGACAUCAUCCAUUAUCUCAUUUGCAUGUGACUAAAUUGUGCAUAUAACUAUUUUGUGAAAAAUAAGCAAAACUUCAAAAUGUCAUAACUUUCUUAUUUUACAUCCGAUUUUGAUGAAAUAUCAGCAUUAUGCUUGUCUGAUUUUUCUCUAUUGAUUAAAAUCAACAUUUUUCUGAGAUGGACUUGACCUUUAACAACUCUCUAUGUACAUAUGUAUUGAAAAUUUCUGACAUGUAAUGUUCUUAUAUAUAUUUUUAUAACUUAAUGGAAUCAUCUGCAAAAUUGGUGGUUAGUUUAUGCAAGUGCUGGUGUUUUAAAACAAUUCAAGAUCAGUUGUGUCCCAUUCACUUAUAUUUUUGUCCUGAGAUAUAUAGAAUUGAAGGUGUAGAAUUGAGUUGAUUGCAGUAAUAUUAUUUCUUGAAAUCAGUGAUGUAGUGUCUUGAAAGAUUUGCUGGAAAUAGUAUACAAAAAAUACACAUCUGGGGUAUUCAGGCCAUCGCACACCUUACGAAUGGUCUACGAUUCAAUUUAAGAACAAAUUGCAUUUUGCUUAUUUUCUGGAAAUGUGAAUGAAAAUUAUCUUUUUAUUUGAGGUUCAUAUUAUAGUAGACCGGCCAAAUGUAAAAAAAUGCUCUAGAUAAGGAUUCGACUGCAAAAUUUGUUAAUGCUUGGCAUCCCAGCUAAAAGUCUUGCUAAAAUACCCAGGAAUAGUGUAUGAUUACAUAAAUUAUACAAUAGGAUUAAGUAAUUUCACAUUAUACUCAGUUAAAGUGCCGUUAACAUGUUUGUGGGACACGCUGUAGUGUACAAUGCUUGGUAUGAUCAUGGAGCUACUCCAUGUUAUGAUAAUCCUAUUUAAAACCGGUGGUGUAGUUGUAACAUUACUGUUUUUGAAAACAACUCACAAACAAAUAAUUCUUGUUGUGGCCAUAUGCUCAUGAUUGACAACACUCGAAAUCUGAAGAACAGAAAGUGGUUGUAAACAAAGUCCUAGAUCAUUGUGAAAACCAAUUCAAUUAAAUCCACGUCUUAUAAAUAUUAACAGUACAAUGCACCCAAAAUUCAAAAGUUCAGAGCGAAACAUUAUAUCAUCAUUGGUGUCUGAGCUUACAAUCAGAGCAAAGAGUCCUGCAAUUGUUCAGUUUUCCCUAGAUUGAGAAUUGCAGUAUACACGGUAGAGCAAGGCUAUUUUCAGCCCGGUGUAUGAUCGGUGUCAAGUGUUUAAGUACAGCAUUGGUAAUAGUUAAACAGCAUUUUAAAAGAGAUAUAUACAUAUACUGUAACCUCUGCUUGUCAUAUUUACAUCAGCACCCCCAGUCAAGAAAUCGAUCCCAGAGCCCGGGGGGGGGGGGGCAGGGGCAGUUGCCGCCAGAAAUAUACAUGUAAUUGUGUUUAUAAUGUACGGUAUAUUCAAUUUUACCUUCAAAAUGCCCACCCGAUAAAUUAUGCAUGUCCCCUUUCGGAUAACAUACCAUGAUAUAUCUUCCAUCUUACUUGAAAAUUCUUUAAUAUUUGUGACAUUAGGACGAUUGAUAUAUAUUCAAUAGAUAAAUGCAUUUAAAUCGAAGAAUUUAAGUUGUAAAAUAAAUUCGAAUUAUUGAUAGUUUUCACAAACUUUUAUUUUGAGUAUUAACAAGACGAUUUUAUGUUUCAUAGUAGUCUAGAUUCUAGACGUCGGUGUACUUGUUAUUUCUCUCCCCUUGCUUCAUUCUUCCCUGCGCGCCAUCCCCAGUGAUCGCGCUAUCCCCUCUUUCACGCCCCUCACCAACUGAUGAGGGUAGGAAAUCGUGGGGCUGUUUUCAUUUCGGGCGUAGAGGUCGAGGAUUGUGUUAUUGAUCAAGUGAAAAGCAGAACAGUCCUGGGGUCCGUUUCAUAAAGCUGUUCGUAAGUUAAGAGCGACUUUAAGAACGACUGGUGAUCCUUUUUAUGCUCUAAACCAUCGCCAAUGAAUCUACCAUUUACCACAAGAAAGGAUCACCAGUCGUUCUUAAAGUCGCUCUUAACUUACGAACAGCUUUAUGAAACGGCCCCCUGGCAAAGGACUAGUUUGUAAUAUUCCAAUUUGAAAUCUAUAUUUAUUAGACUUAUAAUUUGAAACUCCAAAUAAGAAUGAUCGCAUAUCGAAGGUAGUCAAACUUUAACAUAUUCCGUCAAAAUAUCAAAAUGCAUGAUUUACGACAUUCUUUCAGAUUUUACGCUAAAAAUUAUAUUUUCACGCAAAAGUGCGCUUAGCAUCCGCCCGGACGUUAUUCCUCAGUAUUUCCGCAAGACUUUAAAGGACAAGGAGGGGGUGAACUGUAUGUGGUCUCUCAUUGACUGUGUGUUAUAGAUGCAUAGUCUUGAAAUAUACGUUUUCAGAUAUCUACGUAUAUACAGAUGAUAAAUUGAACUAUUUUGUAUAGAGAAACUAAAUUGUUUUAAGAGGAAGGGUUAUUGUUCUACUAUAACUACUGCGGUAUAAAUGUAUUGAGUAGUUAAUUAGCAUGUUAUUAUUCAAGUGGGUAUAUAUUACUAGACUACACUAGCUUUGUGGGUGAGGAAACUGGCCAGGUGUGAAUAGUUGAGGACUCGAGAUGGCGCUAUUGGUUUGUAUCUGCUUUAAGCUGGGAUGCCAAGAAAUGGCAAAUUUUGCUAUCCAAAGUAUAAAAACUCUUAGUAUGUACUUACACAUGUAAUUAUGUACAUAACGUACGGUAUGUUCAAGUUUUUAUUCAAAAUGCGCACAUUGUAAAAUACACAUUGUCUCCUUUCGGAUAACAUGAAAUUAGAUAUCUUCCAUCUUAUUUGAAAAUUAUUUUAAUAUUUGUGGCAUUAGGACAUUUACCAUACAUUCGAUGGAUAAAAGAAUUUAAAUCGAAGAAUUUAAGUUGUGCAAAAAACUUCAAACUAUUGAUAGUUUUCACAAACUUUUAUUUUGAGGAAAUCGCGGUUUUAUGUUUCAUUGUGCCAUAUAUGUGUGUGUAAUAUUCAUAUUUGAAAUGUUUAUUUAUGAGACUUAUAUUUUGAAAAACCAAAUAAAAAGAAUCGCAUAUCAAAGAUAAUAAAAAUGUUAACAUAUUCGGUAAAAAUAUCAAAAUGCGUGAUUUUCGACAUUCUUUCAGAUUUUACGCUAAAAAUGACACUUUCACGCAAAAGUGCGCUUGGCAUCCGGCCGUACGCUACUUUUUGGUAUUUUUGCAAGACUUUUAGCUGGAAUUCCAAGCAUUAGCAAGCAUUAACAAAUUUUACCGUCCAAAGUAUAAAAAAUCGUUUUGGCCGGUCUACUAUUAACUGAAAGAAAGCUUAUAUAAUAAUUUUGGAUGAUUGCAAGCCUUUAUUUUGGAGUAAAGGCCAAAUUAGUUUCAAAUCGUAGCCAAUCGUACGAUUGCUGUGACGUCAUUACGACUAGAUAUUAAAUUAGCUUUUAUUUUAAUUUUAAGGAUGAUAACAGUCGCAGAUUUGAACAUAGGUAUUUGUACGGUGAUUUAGAACAUUACAUAGUAAGAUAUUCCAUUCUAUACAUUUUAUUCCAAAAUUGGGUCGCAGACCUUUAGUAAGAAUUACACAUAUGAUUUACAUUUGGAACAGUUCUGACAUGCUCAAGGUAAUAAGUUUGGGUAAAUAUCCUAAUGACCUUGAUGGUGUGUAUACUAUGUUUUAUAACAUAGUGAUAUGGAUCAUUGUUAUGUGAUGAACCAACCAUAACCGGUCAAUAUAACCAUUCAUUAGUACCAGCUAUUAAUUGAUUUGCCUCUUGGCUAACAUACAGUGGUGCUAAAAUGUUAGUGAGUCCCUCUGGCGGAUCCGGGGGGGGGGGGGGCAAAGCUGGCCCGUACCCCCUCCCCGCAAUUAAAAUUUGUGAUGUAAAAAUGCUUUUUAAACAGAAAUGUGCCCCCCCCCCUUGAAAGUGAAGACCUUUUUUUUUCGCUUGUAAAAAAAAAAAUUUGGAAGAAAUAUCCUGAAUUUGUUGGUUAAAAACCUUUUUUUCUGGCUUGUCAAAAUUUUCAUCGGGAGAAAAUGUGCCCCCCCCCCUUUGGAAAAUCCUAGAUCCGCCCCUGGUGAGUCCCACCACAAAAUGCACUCCGUGGUGCUGGAUGUAGAAUGGAGACAACAACACUGCAAUGUUCGGCAUGUUCGGUGAGCCAAGAGAAACAAACUUGAUUGAACGUAAUAUUUUCAUCACCUGGCUUAGAUAUCUAAAAAAAACAUCGCAGAAUGUUAACAAUUCUUGUUCAUUUUCAGAUAGGGUUUUCUAACCUAUGAGCACCACUGUAACUUACUGGUCACAUGAUUUAUUUCAGUCGAUCAUUUUAUGAGGUCCAUAUCACCAUUUUAUAAAAGAAAUGAUAAGCAGAGGAGGUUUAAAACUGUUAAUUAAGCAUGUUAGUAUAGGUUUUGAAUCUUGACAUUUGCUAUAUGUUAAGAAUGCCUAUUUAUUGUAGGGAAUGAAACAAUAAAUGUACUUUUGGUGUGACAAAUAUUAAUGAGAAUAUGUUUCUGUCGUUCUAUUCAUGGCACUGGUUUAUGUCAUUGUACUCCUGAAUAGAUGUCAUAAGACGUAUUGAAUGUAUAUAUGAAGAUGUACAAGAUAUUAAACUAAUUUUGGAAGUA